UUAGAAAUGGUACAAGUCAUCUGAUUUGAAAAAUGAACAAUUUUUCUGGUGCUAGUUGCUUUCCUUUGUACCAGGUCUAAUACAGGAGCAGUUUCUUUUCAAAUCCAUCAGCAAUUAAGGCAGUUUUAAUGGACAGGUGCGUCCAUUUAUAUGCUGUUAACACCCAUGUCGGUGGUGACCGGUGGCCCAUGCUUGAGUUUAUUUUUAAAGUAUUUACCUUCUCCAGUUAGCUUGCUCACUGCUAGCUUCCUGAUGCUGGUUCAGAAUAAAAGCACCUCCCCGGUAUAUUUCUCAAUAAUACUGUUACCUUGUGUCAGAAAGAUUUAUUAUCAGCUUAUCUUUUUCAGAUUUCAAUGUUUGCGUCAUGCUGUCUGUUCGCUGUGGCCUAUCUGAGAGCAGCAGUGGCUCCGGCCCGCAGCAGCUGUGUGGCCUCCUCCCAAAGGCAGCGUGUCUGCUGUCGGCUCAUCCGCUUGCUCUGUUCACUCACCUGAGCAGGUUUUUGGGAUAGAUAUAUGGGAAUAAAAGAUGGAACUGUAACCUGAUUGUGGAUUUCAAAGGAAGAUUCAGCACACAGAGGAAAAAACAAAGUAGUGGAUAGCCUUCAGGAACGAUGUCCCUUUGCCAUAAUAUAGUUAAUAUUUCCUGUGUGAGCAGCAGCUGGUCCAAUGAUGUCCGUGCUUCCCUAUAUAGUUUAAUGGUGCUCAUCAUUCUGACCACAGUGGUUGGCAAUCUGAUAGUUAUUAUUUCCAUCUCACACUUCAAGCAACUUCACACCCCAACUAACUGGCUCAUUCAUUCCAUGGCCACGGCGGACUUCCUGCUGGGGUGCGUGGUCAUGCCUUACAGCAUGGUGAGGUCUGUUGAGCACUGCUGGCCGUUUGGGGAAGUCUUCUGUAAGGUCCACACCAGCACGGAUAUCAUGCUCAGCUCAGCAUCCAUUUUCCACCUGUCCUUCAUUUCCAUUGACCGAUACUGUGCCGUGUGUGACCCGCUGAGGUACAAAGCCAAGAUCAGUGUCUUGGUUAUUUUUGGGAUGAUCGUCAUCAGCUGGAGCAUCCCUGCCCUUUUCGCAUUUGGGAUGAUCUUUCUGGGGCUUAACUUCAAAGGCGCUGAACAGAUGUAUUACAAACACGCUCAUUGUUCAGGGGGCUGCUCUGUCUUCUUUAGCAAAACACCCGGGGUCCUGGCCUUUAUGACUUCUUUCUAUAUCCCUGGAUCUAUUAUGUUGUAUGUCUAUUACAGAAUAUAUUUCAUAGCCAAAGGGCAGGCAAGAUCGAUUAACAAUGCAAAUCAGAACCUUCACAUUGGAUUGGAAGAGAAAAAUGGAAUGUCACGGAACAAAGAACGCAAAGCGGCAAAGACUUUAGGGAUUGUGAUGGGGGUUUUCCUCGUGUGCUGGUGCCCUUUCUUUCUCUGCACAGUCAUGGAUCCUUUCCUGGGCUAUGCUAUCCCGCCUCCCUUGAAUGAUGCAUUGAUUUGGUUUGGCUACUUGAACUCUACUUUUAAUCCAAUGAUUUAUGCAUUUUUCUAUCCCUGGUUCAGAAGAGCGUUGAAGAUGAUUCUAUUUGGUAAAAUUUUCCAAAAAGAUUCAUCUAGGUGUCAAUUAUUUUUAGAAUCAAAUCCAUAGAAUUACAAUACUUUACUCUUUUGCAAGACAGCUGGUGGUGAUACUUAUGAACACGGCGUAACCAACUUCAUGCACCAACUGCAUGGUCUUUAAGCCAGUCACCUGAUUUAAAGAAGGUAUGAGACAGGAUGAUCAUAUCUUGCUUCCUCCUUGGGAUGCAGUACAUAUGAUCUUAGCCGUUCUUACCAUACACAUGGAGCUUUGCAGUCCAGAAUGUAAGGUCCUACAUUUAAACAAACUGUUCCUGUUUUUUCAGGUACCAUCAUGGAAUGGAAAGUGGUCCUCUACUCAGUUAUUCGGUGGUAGAAACCACAGGCUGCAUUGGAAAUGCAAAUUAGAGUCCUUUGUCACGUAUUUGCUUGAAUAUGUAUGGUUGUGUUGUUGUUUUUUGGUAAAAUUACACAUAAAUGUUAUCUUUAAGUAAUUAUUUAUAGAACUUUGCUUGUUAUAUGUACUUUGUUGUUGUUUUUUGGUAAAAUUAAUUAAUUUU